GAUAGAAAACCAAGGCCAUUUGAUAAUACUGCUAAAAAUAACAAACAAAUUUGUGAAAGACCUCGAGAUAAUGUGGUAUAUUGUGUAGAAUUCAGAAGUAAGAAUUAUGAAAGGUUGAAUUAUAACAAUAAAGAUAAGAUGGAACGAAAAACUGAUAGUAAUAUGAUGAAGAAAAAGUUGAUAAAGAUAAAUAGACAAUUAGCAAAGGCACUAAUUAAUACCAGUUUAAGUAUUAAUCUGAUAAGCAUGAAGUAUGUGAAAAAGAGAAGGCAUACCUGGAAAUAUUUGAAAAAAGAAUCAACUAUUGGUCUUGUAGGUGUUGAAGUUAUUGGAUAUAUUUCCAGUAUUAAUGUUGUUGUAUGUAGUAUUAGUAUAAAUCAACCAUUUUAUAUUAUACAAAAGUUGGCUUCUGAUAUCGUCCUUGGAAUGCCAUGG